AGAAAAUUAACGCAACUAGUAGAGUUCAUUUUAGAGCCCAACUAAAACGGCUUGGUCUGGCAUUUAAAUCAGAAGUUUAAACUGCCAUUUAAGCGGGUGACAGCGCGUGAUGAGGCUGGGAAGCCCUUAUCCGAGCCCCAUUCCAGCCAGGUUAGCAUUCGGAGUUCCUCUGGAAGACGUUUUUCCUGCUUGCUACGUACAUCCGAGGCUCCAGAAUUUCUUUGCCAAAGCCCUGCAGACCUACAGAGAGCAGGAAGGCGAUAUCGAAUGGGUUUUGAGAUGCGGCCAAGGCUCUAUAGAAGAGCGACUAACGCUGAAGAAUCAACUGGUGCUUUCCCCAAACGGCCAUCUGGAAAGCAGCGCCCCAGGAGCGUACUUGUGGGUGAUUAGACACUUUUUGGGGCUGCUGCCUCUGCCGCUGUUUCCCAGCUUCACUAAAGGCGCCAACUUUGACUGGCUGCUCUUAUCUACUGGAUGCCGCAGAGCUUUCAAGUGCCACUCCUUAGCCAGAGACAGUCUCGACACAGCAAUUGCCAGGUUUCUAAACGCAUUGCCCCAGGAAAACUUGCGCUUGAUCAAAAUGUUGAUAUGCUUGCUCCGGAGGUUGGCCGCGAAGCGAAUACCUGAAGGAAAGGCCUCUCUUAGUAGAGCCUCCUUGAAGGCCUUGUCUUGUUAUUUUAGUGGGGCGCUGUUUGUGAGACCCUUUUGGCCGGGAGGGAAAGACCAGGACCGCUUCCAGCCAUUCCUGCUCUACCUGAUUGUACGAUGGAACAAAAUCGCCAUGUAUUGCAUUGCCACUGAUCAAAAUCUGGAAUGCUAUAAACCCAUUUAUCCAGCCAACACCAGCGUUAAGGAGAUCGGCUGCCAAACUCUGAGCAAAGACCCUUAUCCAGCAGAGCAAGACACUAACAACGAACUAUAUAGACUGGCCUUUGUGGACGACGAUUGUGCAAAUUUAGAGACGCAUUUCUACACAGCGCAAGACUUCUCCUUCAGGAGCCUCCUAGAUGAAGAGAAGUCCCAAAGCUGGCAAAGCAUUGUUGAGGAAACAAAACGCACCGUUCAGAAAGUCGAAGACGCCUACAUUUACGACGACUACGAAAGCUUCAAACGGGAGGAAUUCAACCAAAUUGGCAAGCCUGGCUCUUUGUUGUCCAGGUUCAUGUCAGUAAAGGCCAGCACGCCGAAAAACCAGUCGUCUGAGAGCGACAUCAGCUACAUAAAGUUUCCGGAUGUGUGCAGCGUUAGCUGCCAGAACGUGAUAAAAACAUGUGAGGACAAGACUGUGGGGCAGCAACUGUUUGAGGACAACAGUCCUGCGGCUGUUCAGAGUUCGGACAGCCAACAGCCACUGUACAGCCCAAAGGACAAAGGACAGUUUCGGAAGAUCAGCCUGCAUAUACUCCGCGCAUUCAGGCCUAAAACGGGAGCUUUUCAGAGGCAGUUGGGAUACAUGCGGAUAAGGAGUGAGGAGGCGAAUAACUUUUAAAUUCUACGUUUUGUCCUGUUGUGACUGUCCUGUGUCUUGUUUACUUAAAUAAACUUUGAUGAAUUUAUACAUGAUAA